UUCUACACUCACGGCUCAAACGCCUGUGAAUUAAAGAAGCGUCGGUUCGUACACACUUAGUCAGUUUUCGAGCCACUCUCGACAUACGACCUUGACUUUUCAUCAUCGCACGGAAUAAUUCAGCCUCAUCAACGUGGUCAACGACUUCGUUAUCACCUAAUCAUCGAUUCCGGAUCACAUGUCUAUGAAAAACUAGCGCAUGAUGCCUGCUCGAUCAGAUCGUCCUCUUCGAAUCUCGAUUGAUCGGGGGGGAACAUUUACCGAUUGUAUCGCGCGUGUUCAAGGGCAGGCCGACACCGUAAUAAAGAUCCUAUCAGUUGAUAAGAAGAACUACCCCGAUGCACCAACGGAGGCGAUCAGGCAGGUUCUGGAGAAAUUUUACGAUACAUCCAUUCCUAGAGGUGCACCUCUAAACCUGAAUGACGUCGAAUGGAUUCGCAUGGGAACGACGGUAGCGACAAAUGCUUUGCUGGAGCGCAAAGGGGAGAAGACAGCCUUUCUCGUAACCGAGGGUUUCAAAGAAAUCCUCGUAAUUGGCAACCAAUCGCGACCCUUCAUGUUUGAUCUGUCUAUCCGACGCCCAGAAGUGUUGUAUUCGGACGUGUUUGAAGUGGAGGAACGAAUUGUGCCCGCCACAUGUGCCGAUUCUGAGCUCAGACGACUGGCCAUAAACUAUCCAGAUACGGCGCAGACGGUAUCCUGCGCGUCUGGCGAGAGUAUACAGAUAGUAAAGGCUCUCGAUGUCAAGAAAACUAAGGAACAUUUGACCAAGCUGCACAGUCAGGGAUACAGAUCUAUUGCUGUAUGUUUGAUGCACUCCUACAUAUUUCCCGACUACGAGAUCCAAAUUCGAGAAAUCGCCCAAGAGAUUGGAUUCGAGAACAUUUCAUUAUCACAUGAAGUAUCACAGAGGUCUAAGAUCGUCCCCCGGGGCAAUUCGACGGUCGUAGACGCGUAUUUAACUCCAGAGAUCGAGCGAUAUCUGCGUCAAUUUACGGACAGCUUCCCGGACCUAGACAAGAGCGACUGCCGGAUCGAAUUCAUGCAAUCAGACGGCGGACUAGUGCCAUCCUCAGACCUCUCAGGCUUACAUUCCAUCCUGUCAGGCCCGGCAGGCGGAGUGGUUGGUUACGCGGAAACAUGCUAUGAUAAGAGCAACAAGGUUCCGGUGAUUGGUUUCGACAUGGGAGGUACGAGUACUGACGUAAGUCGGUAUGAUGGUGAAUUUGAACACGUGUUUGAGACAACAACGGCAGGAAUCCCGAUACAUGUUCCGCAACUCGACGUCAAUACAAUUGCAGCAGGAGGAGGUAGUAUCCUUACAUAUAGAGAUGGCCUUAUGAUGGUUGGCCCAGAGAGUGCAUCAUCGAGCCCUGGACCGGCCUGUUAUAGAAAUGGCGGCCCCCUGACCGUCACGGAUGCUAAUCUCGCCCUCGGUCGCCUAAUACCAGAGCACUUCCCAUCUGUCUUUGGGCCAAAUGAGAAUGAACCACUAGACAGAAAUAUCGUGUUGACAAAGUUUGAAGAGCUCACGGACUUGAUCAAUCGAGAUACUGGAAGAUCACUUUCCUGGACCGAGGUUGCCAGCGGGUACCUCAAAGUCGCCAACCAAGCCAUGUGUGGUCCUAUUCGCAGUCUGACUGAAGCCCGAGGCCACGAUGUCUCGAGACAUGAUCUUGCAUCAUUUGGCGGGGCAGGCGGUCAGCAUGCUUGCGACAUUGCGGAGAUCCUCGGCGUUAGGAGAGUAGUCAUCCAUAAAUACUCUUCUAUCCUAUCUGCAUACGGCAUUGGCCUCGCUGAUGUUGUGCACGAGGAACAGCGAACGUGUGUUAAGAACAUCGAUACAGCUACCCAGGCCAUUUACCAACAACUCCGUGAACUGGCCGAGAGAGCGAAGGCGCACCCCUCGAUGCAGAAGUUCCCGGUUGUCGAAGGCCAACAGUUCUUGAGCAUGCGGUAUGAUGGAAGUGAAACACUUAUGAUGAUUCGUGCAGAUGAAGGGAUCGAUUCUCGGCAGACAUUCAUCGAAGCACAUCAUCAGCAGUUUGGAUUUACCCCUGCCAAUCGAGCCAUAUUCGUCGAUACUGUUCGUGUGAGAGCGACCGGAAGGUACAUUAACGCUGCGAAUACUAGCUUUGAAUUUACGCCCAAGAUUCAAGAACCAAUCGAUGCUCCCAAGCCGUACUCGACCAAAGAAGUAUAUUUCACCUCUGUCGGGUGGAAAGACAUACCAAUCUAUAUGUUUAAUACCCUUCGACAGGGCAACAUCGUGGCGGGACCAGCGCUCAUAGUGGACAAAACUCAGACCAUUGUCGUCACCCCAAACGCAUCGGCAGUACUAAGCGGAGACAAUCUAAUUCUCAACGUCGAAGCGUCAAAGAAGGAGUCGCUGAGUGCAUCCGUGAUCGACCCGGUCCAGCUGUCUGUAUUUCGUCACCGUUUCUUUGGCAUCGCGGAGCAAAUGGGACGCGUUCUGCGGAACGUCAGCGUGAGUGCCAAUAUUAAGGAGAGACUAGAUUUCAGCUGCGCUAUCUUCAGCCCUGACGGGUCUUUAGUCGCAAAUGCGCCUCACGUUCCCGCGAUGAUCGGCAGUAUGGCGUUUGCGGUCAAAUCGCAGAUUGAGGAAUGGAAGGGGAAGUUGAAAGACGGUGAUGUGCUGCUCUCCAAUUCGCCACGGUUUGGUGGAGUGCAUCUUCCUGAUCUAACAUUAACAACACCGGUCUUCGAUGCAGAAGGAAAGGAGAUCAUCUUCUGGGCAGCGUCACGCGGACAUCAUGCUGACGUUGGAGGCAUUAUGCCUGGUUCCAUGCCUCCCAACUCACGGUUUUUGUGGGAAGAAGGGGCUGUCUUCGAUUCGAUCUUGGUAGUCAGAGAUGGUAAGAUCGCCGAGGACGAGCUGCAUCGGAUUUUGUGUGUCGAGCCGGCCAAAUACCCCAACUCGAGUGGUUCAAGGUGUUUCCAGGAAAACGUAACCGAUAUCAAGGCUCAGAUUGCGGCCAAUUACUGUGGUAUCCGCCUAGUCCGACUGCUGAUUGUAGAGUACACUAUGGAUGUAGUACAGGCCUACAUGAACGCAAUCCAGGACGCCGCAGAGCUAGCCAUUCGAAACCUGUUCAAACGUUUAGCCAAAGACUUCGAGCAAACUGAGAUAGGUGCAAUUGACUAUAUGGACGAUGGAACUCCGAUUCAGCUCAAAGUUACUAUCCGAGAUGAUGGAUCAGCCAUAUUCGAUUUCACAGGCACCGGGACUCAAGUGCACGGUAACUGGAAUGCCCCAGAGGCUAUUACCAACUCCUCUGUGCUAUACGCACUGCGCUGCAUGGUGGGCAACGAUGUUCCUUUGAAUCAAGGAUGCAUCAAACCCAUUGAUCUCAUCAUCCCAGACAACUCGCUACUCCGCCCCAAGUUCGACGCUGCAGUAUGUGCAGGAAAUGUUUUGACUAGUCAGAGAAUUGUCGACGUCAUCUUCAAGGCUUUCAAUGUCUGUGCUGCUAGCCAGGGCUGUAUGAACAAUUUCACCUUCGGUAUCAAUGGCACAGAUGGUUUUGGCUAUUAUGAGACAAUUGGUGGUGGUUCAGGAGCAGGCCCGACCUGGCACGGUACCAGUGGAGUCCACACAAAUAUGACCAAUACGCGCAUAACUGACCCAGAGUCACUUGAGCGCCGAUAUCCUGUCAUCCUAAAGCGCUUCGGGCUACGCCCACAUAGCGGAGGGAAGGGAAAGCAUCCUGGUGGUGAUGGGCUAGUACGCGACGUUCAAUUUCGAAUGCCGAUGUCGGCGGCAAUGCUGUCGGAACGAAGGGCGUUCGCUCCUUAUGGUAUGAAAGGCGGCGAAGAAGGAAAGAGGGGUUCCAACACGUGGGUGAAGACGGAUGGGACAUUGAUCUCCAUAGGCGGAAAAAACUCCAUAUCUGUUCAGCCUGGUGAUAGGCUGGUUAUUGAAACACCCGGUGGCGGUGGUUAUGGUGCUACUGAGGCUCUGGCAUGAUUAGUGCCAUUCAAGAACCUCGGAAAUUGCAUGGUUGAAACUAUUCUAUCCGUACAAGCCUUGUUCUGUGGUAUUCAGCCUGUGUUGAGUAUUUUUCAAGAAAUCUCACAACUGUCUUGUUCAUUAUAGUGAGAUCAAACACAUAUUUUAUCUAAUUCAGGC